AGCUCCCAAAUCUCUGACUCAGUUUCUUGGCUUCCUCUCUGCAGAAGGAGAUAAUGGAAGCCCUCUUUCAGGCAGGGUCCAUUCUUAUGAAGGUGAAUACCUUACAGGGCAAGAAGAUGGUGGAAAGCGGGCUCCAGUCUGGGGACCUUUCCCUGUCUCAGUCAUGGCCCUCCUACCUCCCUCUGCCGGCCGACUUGGAGAUCCUACAGCAGAAGGUGGCCGGGGUACAAAGGGAGUUGGAGGACUUCAAGGAGGAGGCACUGAAGGCCAUCCGUUACUUGGAGGACGCCUUCUGCCAGAUGAGUGGCGUCCUGGCACAGCAGGAGGAGCAGGCGGCGCGAGUGAAGCAGCGGCUGAGGGAGGAGGAGGACCGAGGCAUCGUCCGCAACAAGGUCCUCACCUUCCUCCUGCCCCGGGAGAAGCAGCUUCGUGAACACUGCCAGCGGUUGGAGAACAUGUUGGUCAGGAGCCACAACCCGCUGCGAGCCAUCAGGAAGAGCCAGGCGGACUGAGCGGCCCGCGCCCGAGUGUGCGCCCGAGCUGGCGGGCAAGAUUGUUUUUUAAUGGAAGGACAAACGCUAAGUCCCCAUUUAUUCCCCUUGCCCCAUUUUUAUUGCUUUCCUGCUACCAAAAUAACACCAUGCAGAGAGGCAAAAAAGACCUCAAUAUGGUUUUCGGGUGAAGUUCCGUUUAUCCAGCCUCGUCAAGGAAGGAGGCCCCAGACACUAUGUCAGACCUGUAACCAUCCCCUCGAACUGUUUCCCGUUUGUAAUGGUACGGUUGCUUGGAUGUAGGGGCAUUUUUCUUGAGUAUUCUUAAACUGGUUGUGUUGAACAGAUUUAACCUUUCUUUUAAUGACUCCAGGCUUUCGUGAUUUAUCACUUCACAAUUGGUUUCCUGAGACCUGUCAGUGUGUGUUCUAUACCGAGACAGGUUGGGGGCUUAGUGAGAGAGAGGGCUUGCCCGCAUCCUGAACUGGACUCAGACGGCCGGCUUUGUGUAAUUCCUGACCUCGCCGUUUCAGUCUGCUUGCAUAGUUGGACUAUUGGUCCUCUCUUUUCCUUACUGCUUUGGUUCAACUCUGCUUCCUCUCCAUUUACCCCGAAGACAGGCUGCUCCGUGGGGUGAACCUUGUUAGGUUUCUGAUGGUGGAACUCUCGGCUCGCCACUGCACUCAAGGUGACAUCUAUAAGUUCGCACAAUAAAACAGUGAAACUGA